AUGAGUCCUAUAGCCAAGAAUAAAAUAAAAUUUAAAAAGCACUUCAUCAGUUUAUGUCGCCUGAGCGGUGUUGCGCUCGGAUGCCUGUGCCUGUCUCGACUUUUGCAAGAGCGCGCUUCCACAGACCAAGAUACGACUUUGGACCCCUAUCUUAUUCAAAAUAGGAAUCGCCUCGACGUUAACUCACUACGCGCCAAACUAGUGGCUCACAAUAAAGAGCCGACAGUUUUAAACGCUGAAUUGUUUGGCGACAGGCUGCGAGACUCAUACUCGCCUGUCGUGGUGAUUCAGGUGCAAGGCGACUCGCCGCGGCUGAAACUGCUACUGUCUUCACUGUCGCGCGUGCGAGACAUUGAUACCGCAUUGCUAAUAUUCUCAUUCGCCUAUCAGGACGACAGCCUCGACCGCCUCGUCGGAGCCAUUCGCUUCUGUAGAGUGGUGCAGAUAUACUUCCCCCACUCGCUCCAGCUCCAUCCUCACAGGUUUCCCGGUCUUGAAGCGGCGGACUACAAUGCGUCGGGCGAACCGUGCCGACCACGGGAUGUGCGACUCAUAGAGAAAAAGCAGCACUGGUGGUGGAAGGCGAACUUUGUAUUUGAAAGAAUGGCGCACCUUGUCGAGGCCGACAGCGCGGUCGUCUUUCUGGAGGAGGCGAAUUACGUAGUUCCAGACUUCAUACACAUGCUUCGCUUCCUACACAAGUCUCGCGUUUAUUUUCCCCACGUAGAAAUGCUAUCGUUUGGAAACCCGUUCCUUAAGGGCUCAAGCGACGAUCUGUUGAUCGUGGAGCCGUGGGGCCCACCCUUUCAUCUAGGGGUCUCUUUUAACGCGACCACGUGGAAAAAGAUCAGGUCGCAUUCGGGCGAGUACUGCACGUACGACGACUACAAUUGGAAUUACUCACUUCUGAAGUUGUUCGAGAGCUUUGCAGGUGGACACGUCGACACGGUCGCCUGCCUUACGCCGCGCGUCAUCUCAACCGAAGAGAUCGACGAGAAGGAUUUAAGAAACCGGAUCGACCGAUUUCUCACCGCUCAUACGUGGUUUCCAGCGGCGGUGAAGGGCGUCUUCGUUUUCGGUCCAAAAGGUCGCAUCGAAGCGAGGGCAAAGGCACCCGUCCUGGGCGUAGGCGGCUGGAGCGAUCUGCGUGACCAACUCUUGUGCCUCGAUGUGCUCGCGGUCACCACCACAGAGGAGCAGCGUUAUUACGAUCCUGACUACGUCCUUACCUCGUUGGAAAAUAACUCCUCCGCGCACUAA